AUGGGAUGGCUGGGCAUGACUCUAAAAGCUGAUGAAGACGGAAUAUUCGAUACGGACGGUGUUCAGGUACCGGGUACGGAAUGCGACUACCAGUUCAGCCGGUCAGGUAGCCGGCCGACGCAUGGGCGUCUCUACAGCCCCCGGUACCCGUCCAUAUACCCUAACAAUGUGAGGUGCUCUUACCAUUUUCAUGCUAGACCAAAGGAACGCGUGAAGAUCGUAUUCGAGGAAAUAGCCCUUCAAAAGGGUGACAUAAGCUGUUUGCGGCGUGCCGACAUCAUCAAAGUGUUUGAUGGAAGAGACACGAACUCACCAGCCAUAGCCAUGCUGUGCAACGAGCUUACAGGCUAUGAGGUGCUGUCGACGGGUCCAGCGCUGCUUAUCCAGUUCACAGCGAACUCUGCCACCCCUGGCCAGGGGUUUGCAGCCACUUUCCUCUUCCAACCACCUCCUGAUUCGACAGCUGCGGAUUCGGAUCGACUACUAAAACUAAGUUUCGGCAAAGCCUUCGAGUCUCUUGGGCCUGAAGUGAGCGCCACUAGUAAGUACAGCCUUUGCCAUCAUUUAUUCAAUACUGUUCAAUAUUGCAGGUAAGUGCGUGCAAACAGGAGGUACCUGUGUAAAAUGGGCAGCUAUCUGUCCUUACCUUAGGGAAUUUUAUAUUUAACGGCUUUACGGUUGUAUGGGGAUAUUACUAACGGGAUCCCUAUAAAGACUUAAUGAAAAAAUAUGGAAUUUGGAUGCCCAUGAGAACAUUUACCUAAAUAGCUCUAUUAAAUACUUGGCAAACUACAUAGAGGUCCAAGUGGACAAUAAUAUUCACGUAAGUUAAGUAAAAUUA